UUGCAUUUCAAACUAGAUUUUGACCCACUUCUACGGUGGAAGAACAAUAAGCCCAUAUAUCCUCUUACUGCCAAGUUAGCCAGGCUGUGUCGGGAGAGGGGUUGAACAUGGACCCUGACUUAAACAAGUUGAAAAACUUAUUUGGGUGUUUGCAUUCAGUGGUCAAUUGUACGGAAUAUGUACUGUAUUGUGCUAUCUACUAAUAAAAGUCUCAAUCAGUCAAAAAAAGCACUUUAUAUGUAGAAAGGUUUUGUUAAGAAACCAUUCUGAGCCUUAUCAUGUUAGACCCGCUCGACAUCCAUUGCCUUCGGUCCCCUAGAGGGGUGGGGAUUGCCCACAUCUGAGGUCCUCGCCAAGGUUUCUCAUAGUCAGCAUUGUCACUAGUCGUAAUGAUUUGUGCAGUCCUUUGAGACAUUUGUGAUUUGGGGCUAUAUAAAUAAACAUUGAUUGAUUGAUUGAUUGACAUUGAUUGAUAAUCUUAUUUAGUUUUUAUUUUAUAUAUAUGUUGAACACAUUAACCUUGGCAAUGGACCCUGUGUGGAUAUGUAUGUUAUUCCAUUGUUUACAAAUUUGGUAAAUAAAUAACCAAAAAAUGUAUAUUUUGUUGUUUUUUUUACUCUACUGAAAAUGAACCGAACCGUGACUUCUAAACCGAGGUAUGAACAGAACCGAAAUUUUUGUGUACCGUUACACCCCUACUUUUACCGCAAAUCUAUCGGCUCCAAAUAUCGGUUAACUGUCUUCUUGACUACUAAUCAUCUGUAUCAAUAUUGGUCAAUCUCUAAAGUGAACCAUUCAGAAUUUCCUUCCUUUUCUCAUAAAUCACUUUCUCCCUGCUUAACAUCCCCCCAGAUUAUUGCAAAAAAGCAUGCCCAUCAUCCUAUUUAUGAUGUUGGUAAGAUGGAUGACAGGAAGGACCACCUUGCCAAGUCCAUAAUGCGGGACAAAGGGUCAGGUGGACACAAUAGGCGAUGAUAGCGAGAGAGGAAAAGGUGUAAUCAUGCAUGCUUUGUAUCAAAUCAGCCAAAGUUAAAAAACACUUUGCAUGUUGCGAUACGCCAAUAGAGACUGCGUGGGGGAGGUGAAACCAGGCAGGAAAUAAUGGAGGUGGGCCAAACACAAAAGAAGAAUGAGACGGAGAGGUGGUGCAAGGAAAAUAGCACAAUGAGUGUCUGUGGGGGUUUCCAUUGCGUGGGAUAAGAAAGGUAAGGUGGGGGAACUUGAAUGAACGCGAGCAGUCACACGGCAUAGUGGAGGGAAAAGUGUGUUUUUGACGACAAGUCUUGAGCUCAAUACUGGUGGAUCUCUUCGUGGCGAUGGCUGAGAGGAAGUGCGGCCCUGAGGAGUACGAGAGUAAAAGUGGAAGAUGCUGCGACAGAUGCCCCGCAGGAAACUAUGUGCGAGCCGACUGCGACCACGCCAAGAAGACUGAGUGUGGCUGCUGUGAACGUGGAUCCUACACAGCCACCAAAAACCACUUAAGGGCCUGUCGUAUGUGCAGGCAGUGCAGUGCCAACAACAACCAGAGGACAGUAAAGGAGUGCAUGGCUCACCAGGACACGGUGUGCGAGUGUGUGACGGGUUUCUUCUGCUACGGCGAGCCCUGCGAGCACUGCAUGGCCGCCACCUCCUGCCCACCUGGUACAGGGGUCAAAGUUCCAACUGCAGGGGCCAACGAUACAAUCUGUGCGCCGUGUGACCAGGGUACCUUCAGCAACGUGUCCGAUUUCCAGUCAGCCUGUCAAAACCACACCAGAUGUCAGGACUUGGGUCGAGUGUUAGCAACUCCAGGAACGUCAACCACUGAUGCCAUCUGUGGCAACUUGACAUGUGGUUGCUCGUGGGUAUUACCUGCAGGCUUGUGGUUGGGCUUUGUGCUGACCAUACUGGUGGCGUUAGGGCUGAUGUGCUGGACUGCUAAACACAAAUCACACAAAAUGGCCAGGUCAAGCAUCCCAAUACAUGCGGUGAAGAAGGCCUCGAUCUUCACUGACAGCCUAGUGGAGCCUCCACGACCAAACCCAGCGCCCCACCAUCCCUGCCAAAAGAGCGACAUGCCAGGGGGCGUCCAAUUAACCAUACUUAGCCCAGAUGAUUGUGCAGUCAGCUGCAGCCCACAAGACAACACGGACCUUCCUGCUACUCUUCAAACAGACUCUUCGACCCCCUGCAACGGGACUGACGUGUACCACCGGAGCUUCUCCGAGCCGCAGGAGGACGAGUGGUUUGGAACAUGAGUGCACUUGGUUGGAAUGCCCGUUCUAGGGUUUGAAGGCCAUUUCCGCAUCCAUGCAACGAGACUUCUUCUACACCAGGGGUGUCAAACUCCUUUUAGAUGGGGGGCCACGUGGAGAAAAACAUACUCCCAAGUGGGCGGGACUGGUAAAAUGACGGAAUGAUAACUUAGAGAUAAAGACAACUUGUGAUUGUUUUCUUUGUUUAAAAAUAGAACAAGAAAAUAUACAAAUCAUAAUGUUGUUGCUAUUUUUUUUUUACACUUACAUAUUGCGUUUAAUAGUAUUCUAUAUUUUUUUGUCGUUAUUUAUACUUUCUGAUUAAAUUAUGUGGUAAUGUACAUCAGUCAACUCAUUGGUGUUAUUUUCCAAUCCAUCAAAAUAAAAAAAUAAUAUCAAAAUCAAAUUACGGGAUGUUAUUUAUGUAGUUUGAUUGUUUUCCUCGACUGGUGCACUAACAUCAUGUGUUUUUUUUUAUUAAUUUUUUUUUAUUUUUUACAUAUCAUCGACAAAAAUACAGAGAAUUGCUAUUGUGACAUCUAGCGGCCACAUUUAGAACAGCAGUUUCUUUCAUUCAAAAAUCCCGGCUCAUUUUCAUACCGGGGCCGGAUAAAACCUUUACGCGGGCCCCAUCUGGCAUCAGGCCCGCGGGCCGUACGUUUGACACCCCUGUUCUACACGCAGGACAGCUUAAGGAUGGUUGGUGUGUUACUGCCCCCUGCAGGCAAAUAGUGGGAACUGACACUGUCCCAUCAGAGAUUGCACAUGACAAAUUGUUAAAAUUGAUUGUAUUUGUUGACAUCUCAUGCAUGAGACGAACUGUCAAAAUGUGUUUUUACUUUGAUUAAUAAAAAAAUAUAUACCUG